AUGGACAAAGACGAGGGAAGAAACUUCUUGACCUCGCUUCUCAACAAGAAUCUGCGCAUCUUUGCCACUGACGGCCGCAUGUUUCUGGGCCAGUUCAAGUGCACAGACCCAGACCGAAAUGUUGUCUUAGCACAUACCUACGAGUACCGCCAGCCGUCGGCGCAGCGGCGGGCCGAAGCAGCCCAAAAGGCGGCUGAGAGAACAGGCACCGUCUCGAUGGACAUGACAUCCCGAUACCUGGGGCUGGUGGUCGUCCCUGGACAGUAUAUAGUCAAGAUCGAGGUUGAGGAAUUCACAAGCCAAAUCAAGGGCCAGAAUCCAUAUUCAGAUGUCGUUGUCUAA